AACGACCUUCACGAAGCGCCAUGUCGAGUCUGGCCGCCGCGCGCGCCGACAACUUUUACUUCCCGCCGGAAUGGCGCCCGGAGAUGGGAGGAAUCAAUAAGUUCCAAAAGUCUCAUCCGUUGGGAAAGCGAGCCAAAGACAUUAAAGAUGGGAUCCUCGUCGUGCGAUUCGAAAUGCCCUUUGACGUGUGGUGCACCCACUGCAACACUCAUAUUGGUCGUGGAGUGCGCUACAACGCGAAGAAGACGAAGGUUGGGAUGUACCAUUCAACGAUCUUGUACGAGUUCGCGUUGACAUGUGCAACGUGCAAAGGCAUCAUGAAGGUGCAGACAGACCCGGAAGCACGGGGAUACAAGCUUCUCGAUGGAAUCAAGAAGAAGACACAGAUGGAAGACGUUGCGUGGGGAACGCACGACGACGAAACACUAGAACGGUUGAACGCACCCGAAGUCGGCAUCGCCAUGGCAGCCGAUCCGUUUUUCAAACUCGAACACGAAGAACAGGACAAGCGCGUGGCGAAGAAGCGGUCUUCUGGUCUCAUGGACCUCAUCGAUCGCCAGGAGGCGCUGUUUUCCGAUCCAUACAAAACGAAUGCGUCACUACGGAAGACGUUUCGCGCCGAGAAGAAAGACCUCAAGCGCAAGGUCGAUGCCGCCGAAGCGCGACAUUUAUCGAUUCCACUCGUCGACGUACACCCCAGCGACGUGAUUGCUUCGAAGAGCGUCCUGUUUCAUAAUCUCACAAAGCGGUCCCAGAAACCUUCGACCGCGCCGGCCAUCUCUGCAUCCCAUGCACGUCACAAGAAGCCGCGGCUGUCGACCAGUUCAUUCAGUCAGUUCGGGGACUCUGUCAAAGAUGGAUCCAAGGCACCACCAGUUGCCGUCGUGGCGAAACGUCGUCGAAAGUAAACCGAAAUUCUCGAGGACUUGUUGAAUGGGACGUCAUGCCCAUGUUGGCCCUGUCAAUGUACCACGCACGAGGAGUUGCA